GAGAAAGCAGAGCGCCCCUCCCCUGCCUCUGUCGCCGCCCCGUGCAGGUGCUGGGGGUGGGAGGGUACCCACUCCCCAGGCCGGGGGAGAUGAGGACCCUGGGACCCCUUCACUCCCUCCCAGUUCUUCUGGACCCUGCCCUCUGCCUUCCUCCCUCCUCCUCCCCCCCUUUCCUCUGACCUCACUGGCACCCCCCACCUGGCCGCCGGCUGCCCCCAUCAGAGGCCCCGCCUGCUUGGUUUGUACGCUGAGUACCGGGAGUUCCUCCAAGGUCAAAGCUGGGACCAGCAGCCCCACCUUUUCUAGAACUUUCUGUUUCCUGCAGAAUCCCCCCCCACUACAGUGCCUUUCCCCCCGCCCUCCUCGACCCUCCCCAGGCCCGCCCGCCCCCUGGUUGCAGGCUGGUCCCAGCCUGCGGGCGGCUCAGGUGAGCCGGCCACGCCGUGACCCCCCCAGGACCCGGGCGUCCCUGCCCGCGCCAGGCCGCCCGGGACUGGACUCUCCUUCCCGCUGGCCGCCAGCCCCUCCCGCCUCACGAGAAGGCUGCAGGGGAGGGCGGGGCCACACCUGUCUCCCUGCCUCCCCCCACUGCUUCUCGGCUCUUCCCCGCUGUCCCCCCCCAGGCCUCAUUCUCCUCGAUGCCACCUCCCUGCGGCGGUCUCCGCUCUGGCUCCGGCCUCCUCCCCACUCUGCGGGGUCACACUGGGCCCCAGGUCCUCCCGCCGCCCACUCCCUCCGCCCCCGCCCCGCGGCUCGCGGGGUCCCGGUUCUGAGAAGGCUGGGGCAGGCGCGCCAGGAACUGCUAACACCGUCUCCUCUCUCUCCCGUCUGCCUGUCCCGAACACCCCGCACUGCCUGGAAGAAUCAGGCCGACCUCAGGACCAGGAAGGCGGGAACGCGCAGCAGGCCCGGAGGCAGGCCCCACGCCUGCAACGCUCAGCAGGAGCCGACUUCCACCCGGCGAACGCGUCUCCGGAGAGCAGCGGCGGCCAGGGCACGGGUAUUCCCCGGGGCGGAACUGCAGCCCAGCUGUAGAGGACCCGGGGCAGCGCCAACCAGCGGCCCGCGCCGGAGGGCCUGGGGGGCGGAAAGGACUUGCAAGCUCCGGAGAUGAGCGUUUUCACUCCUGCUGCCCUGGGAGACAGCGGAAGACGGCCCAAGAACUUGGCCCCUGCCAUCCAGUGGGAGACGCGGCUGGAGUUCUGGACCCCGGCCCGGGCUGUUGGGCCAUUUGGGAGCACAGCAGCGGAUGGAAGACCUCGCCUGUCA